GGAGGCGCGGAGGGAGCUCCCAGGACCGUGCCAUGGGGGCCGAGGCCCCGGUGGGCGGGCCGGCGCUGCGGGAGCUGGUGCGCGAGGCCGAGACCAGCCUGCUGGAGUGCAAGGUGUGCUUUGAGAGGUUCGGCCACCGGCAGCAGCGGCGCCCGCGCAACCUGCCCUGCGGCCACGUGGUCUGCCUGGCCUGCGUGGCUGCCCUGGCGCACCCGCGGACGCUGGCCCUAGAGUGCCCUUUCUGCCGGCGAGCCUGCCGGGGCUGCGACACCAGCGACUGCCUGCCGGUGCUGCACCUGCUGGAGCUCCUGGGUUCUGCGCUUCGCCCGUCCCCGGCCGCCCACCGCGCCGUCCCCUGCGGGCCCGGGGCCCUCACUUGCCACCACUCCUUCGGCGGCUGGGGGACCCUGGUCAACCCCACCGGGCUGGCGCUGUGUCCCAAGACCGGGCGGGUCGUGGUGGUGCACGACGGCAGGAGGAGGGUCAAGAUCUUUGACUCCGGGGGAGGCUGUGCGCAUCAGUUUGGAGAGAAGGGGGACGCUGCCCAAGAUAUUAAGUACCCACUGGAUGUCACCGUAACCAGCGACUGUCACGUGAUUGUCACUGACGCUGGCGACCGCUCCAUCAAAGCGUUUGAUUUUUUUGGCCAGAUCAAGCUCGUCAUUGGAGGCCAGUUCUCCUUACCUUGGGGUGUAGAGACCACCCCUCAGAAUGGGGUUUUGGUAACUGAUGCGGAAGCAGGGUCCCUGCACCUCCUGGAAGUCGACUUCCCGGAAGGGGUCCUUCGGAGGACUGAAAAGUUGCAAGCUCAUCUGUGCAAUCCCCGAGGGGUGGCCGUGUCCUGGCUCACAGGGGCUGUUGCAGUCCUAGAGCACCCCCUGGCUCUGGGGACUGAGGCCUGCAGCACCAGGGUGAAGGUGUUUAGCUCAGGUAUGCAGCUUAUCGGCCAGGUGGAUACCUUUGGGCUGAGCCUCUUCUUCCCCUCCAAAAUAACUGCCUCUGCCGUGACCUUUGAUCACCAGGGGAAUGUGAUUGUUGCAGAUAACUCUGGUCCAUCUAUCCUGUGCUUAGGAAAACCUGAGGAGUUUCCAGUAGUGAGGCCCAUGGUCACUCAUGGUCUUUUCCAUCCUGUGGCUCUGACUUUCACCAAGGAGAAUUCUCUUCUUGUGCUGGAUACUGCAUCCCAUUCUGUAAAAGUCUAUAAAGUUGACUGGGGGUGAUAGGAUGUGGCAGGGAUCCUGAGGCCUGGAAUCAGAAGCCCUGGUGCUGCCACUAAUGAAUUGUUUAACCCUGGAUAAGUCACUUAAUCCCAUCCAGGCAGGCAAGGAUAAUUAUAACUGCCCACCUAACAAAGGUUGGGGCAAUUAUUAAAAAAUAAUAAUUAAAUCUACCAUUUACUGAAUGCAUACUUCCUAGGCUAAGAAAUUUUUAAAUAUUAGCUCAUUUAAUUCUUACUACCCAGUGAGUUAAUUUUUAUUAUUCUAAAAAUUUCUCAUUUUAGAGAUGAGAAAACUGAGACCUAGAGAGCUUAAGUGACUUCCCCAAGGACACACUUACUUACUAUGACAGUUAAAAUUUGAACUCAAUUCUGACUCCAAAACCCCUUUUUUUCAAAUAAGAUAACAGAUGUGAGAAAAAUAUUGUGAGCGUAUAUUGUUCCUAUGUGUACUCUUUACAAGUAGUUAAUUAUUUUCAUUAGAUACACUAAGCAAGGAGCCGAGUUUAGGAGCAAAAGGAUUUUGUGGUGAGUGUCAGUUUAGCUCAGUUGCAACUCCUCUGACGGUACAUUAGGUGAAAUUACUGUUGAUCCUAAUUACGUGAAUAAGAAAAACAAUUGAACUGCUUAUUAAAAAGGUAAAC